AUGUUUCCACUAGGUCUUUUAAUUAUACUGAUUAUUGUAGGUGGGCUUCUUGCCGGGCUCAAGCAUUAUGGUACCUCAAAAUCCAGGGCAGCACCCUUCAAGAUUAAGUCUAGGGCCAUUGAGAAGGUUACAUUUGCGAGGUCUCUUGGGAUGACUUUAGAAGACGCAAUGAAAAGGCAUCCGCUAUUCAAUUUUUACCCAGGGCAAUCUAUCAAGGAAAUCUUGGAUAGAUGGGAUAGAAUAACAUACAAAAAUGGUGAAAUAAUAGCAGUCGCAGGAUUUGUGUUACAGGGCUCCGUAGAAAUAUGGUAUGGAAAUCAACUUCUUUGUAUAAAGGAAAGAGGAUCUCUUCUCAAUGGGUCCAUGGAGUUGCUAGGACAUGGUGCAAUAGGAACCAAAAAAGCAAGAGGUUUUGUCGAAAUUCUUUUGAUUGAUCCAUCUUUGGUCAGAAGCAAUAGCUUGUAUAUUUUAUUUUCCAUGCUUAGAAAAUCAUGUAUCGAAACGGCUUGCAAGUACUUUGGGCUGGAAGGCAAACUAGUGGAAAAGGAGACUAUGAAGAUCAGAAGUGCUGAGAAGAACCAUUUAAGUCUAUUUUCGACUUUUUUGUGUGAUAGGUUUUUGCCAUCCCAAGAUGAUGGAAGAGAAAUACUCGAAAAAAGCAUUGAGGCCAGGUUUGUUGGCAAGGGCAUGGUCCUUAAAGAAGACGAAGAACCUAUGGACUAUAUACUGUAUGUAGUUUCUGGAGAGAUUCUGGUGAUGGCUGGGGAAAAUGUCUUUAGCUUUGGGAGUGGGUCUGUAUUUGGAUAUUUUUCUUUAUUCUUUGAUUCCUAUGAGUCUGUUAAGAUCCAGGCAAAGGAGGACUCUUCAACUUUCAUAUGCAACUCAUCAACCUUAUUUAAGCUUGGACUAGACGAGAAGAAGUUUGACUAUUCGAUACUACAGGACAUCGAUGAAUCGUUACACGUUAUAGAUGAAUCGGUUGAAUGGAUAAGGCUCUCUCCUGGAAGCAUGAUUGCUCAGAAGGGAGAGGCCUCGAAAGAAAUCUUUUACAUUGCGGCUGGGAGGGUAAAAUCUACAUCUAAGGAAUUUUCGUCUGGAAAGGCUAUCGGAGGAAAAGAAUGCAUUUUUGGAGAGAACUGGUCGGAGUCGUUUAUAGCAACUCGAAUAACAGACAUUAUACAGAUUCCAUCUCUUUUGGUGGACUAUUUCUUUGAGAAUGACAAGAGCUUUUUCAAAAAGUACACCAAAAGGCUUUUUGAAAAUGGAAACAAAAAGAAUGGCAAAAUAGUUAGUAUAAUUCCGGUUGGUCAAUACAAGGACAUAGAUUCCUUUUCGAGAAGGCUGAAGGGUGCGAUUGGCGCGUCUUCGUUACUUUUGAGCCGUAAAGAUGUUGUUGACAUUCUAGCAAGGAGAUCGUUUGAUACCACUGAAGAGCUCGGAUUUAUGGACUAUCUUACAAAGAUGUCUAAGUGCUACGAAAUCAUUCUUAUUUAUGUAGAAAACGAAUAUUCGAGAUUGUUAAGGUACUUGCUGAACUUUUCGGAUGUUCUGCUGACGGUUGGAACAACUUUUACGGACAUCCCGGAAUACAAUGUUUACUGCAGGAUUGAGUUUGUUAAAAUCUACGAGGAGAGGAGAGCUCUGGGCGAAAAGAGCAUGAAGAGGCGAAAGGGGAUUGGAUAUGGAUUUAGGAGAACUACAGACAAGAAGGAAGCAGAAGGGAGAUACGACAGGAUCCACCACGUCUUGUUUCCUUCAAAAGCCGUUCUUUUCUGUUCAAAAGACUUUCAGAGGCUUGCAAGGUCACUUCUAGGGAAGAGGAUAGGACUUGUUUUGGGUGGGGGAGGCGCUAGGGGCCUUGCCCAUAUAGGGGUCAUCCAAGCAUUAGAAGAGGAAGGCAUACCUAUAGACUGUGUUGGAGGCACCAGCAUGGGGGCCUUUAUUGGUGCAUUGUAUGCAAAAGAGUGCAACAACUAUUAUGUGUUUAAGCAAGCAAAGAGAUUUUCUAGAAAGAUGUCAAACAUAUGGCUUCUUCUCCUAGACCUGACCUAUCCUAUUUGCUCUAUGUUCUCUGGGAAUGCAUUUAAUAGGUCGUUGCAUUCUGUAUUUGGCGACGGAUUGAUUCAAGAUUUGUGGCUGGAGUAUUUCUGCAUAACCACCAACAUAUCCAACUAUGAAGAAGAAGUGCAUAGAAAUGGAAUGGUCUGGAGAUAUGUACGUGCCAGCAUGGGACUCUGUGGAUACCUGCCUCCGAUAUGUGACAAUAAGAGGUUACUGGUUGACGGUGGAUACCUGAAUAAUGUUCCUGCUGACGUAAUGAUGGAGAUGCAAGUUAAGAAAAUCAUUACUGUGGACGUUGGAACUGUCCUGGAGAAUGACUAUUUUGAUUAUGGUGAUGCUCUCAGCGGGUUCACUAUUCUGUUCAACAAGUUUUUUGGCAACAAGAAGUUUGUGACCAUGGAAGAGAUUCAAUACAGGCUGGCCUAUAUUUCCACAGAACGGAAGAUGAAGGAGCUUCAGGCAAAUGAUAAUAUAGUCAUGCUGAGGCCAGAUCUUGGGAAGUAUAGGACAAUGGAUUUUAAGAAGUUUGAUGAGAUUGUUGCGUGUGGCUAUCAGUCUACGAAGGAUGCAAUUCUGAGGUGGAAGAAAGAGGGAGUUUUUGAUGCCCUCUUUGACCUGAAAAAGCAAGCACCAAGAAGAAGGUAUUCUGUGUAA